UCCGUCAGCCUGUGUUGAUGUUUUGGAGAACGGGAAGAGGGAGACGCUUUUUGUUUUUGUUCAUCUCAAACCGUCGAAAAGGAGCCGAGAGGCCGCUUCUUUCUCCGCCUUGGGUUCGACUGAGGGUCUCAUCUUGGUGGUAGGAGCCUAACGGCCGGUCCGGACGGUGAACAGGCCGACACUUUUGGUCCAGAACAACGGAGCUGUCCCCAUUUCUGACCGCCUCCCUGCUCCCCUAACACCGUUUCCACCAUGACGAUCCUCCCGAAGAAGAAGCCCAGCUCCGGGGUCGGAGUCUCGGACCACACCGAUGACAGCGAUCGCCGGAGCGGCUCCGACCCUCACCAACACCCGCAUCCCCACACAGGGCGGACCGGAGCCAGGCCGAGGGCUUCGCCUCCUCCGUGGUCCUACCAGGGCGCCCCACCUUCAGCCAGAGACGACAGGCGGAGCAUCGAGGCCAGCUCCCGGCCUCAGCAGGCCUCCCCGCCUCCUGUGGGCUCUGUGUCUCCAGUGGGGCCAGGGGACGGGCGAGACAGCAGCGGGGGGAUGGUGAAUAGCUCCCGCGGGGAGCUGGUGGUGUCCUCCGGGGUGGUUGGAUGCGGCGGUGCGAUAGGAGGCUGCUGCUCGGGGCCUGGUCUGAGCAAGCGGCGGCGGCAGGCUGGAACCUGCUCCGGGGGGGUGGUAGCUGCUCUGGCCGGUGGAGGCCAGCCGGGAGUGACCGGACCGGGAGGAGUGGGCUCCAGUCAGGACACGGAAGAAGGAGCCGGGAACAACAGCGAGGAUGAAUACGAGAACGCGGCCCGGCUGCAGUCGGUGGACCCGGCCACCGUGGAGCAGCAGGAACACUGGUUUGAGAAAGCUUUGAGGGAGAAGAAAGGCUUCGUCAUCAAAAAGAUGAAGGAGGACGGGGCGUGUCUCUUCAGAGCUGUGGCCGACCAGGUGUACGGAGAUCAGGACAUGCACGAGGUGGUGAGGAAGCACUGCAUGGAUUACCUGAUGAAGAACGCAGAUUACUUCUCCAACUACGUGACGGAAGACUUCACCACAUACAUCAACAGGAAGAGGAAAAACAAUUGCCACGGCAACCACAUUGAGAUGCAGGCCAUGGCCGAGAUGUACAACAGACCGGUGGAGGUGUACCAGUACAGCACAGAGCCAAUCAACACAUUCCACGGCAUCCACCAGAACAACGACGAGCCAAUCAGAGUCAGCUACCACCGCAACAUCCACUACAACUCUGUGGUGAACCCGAACAAGGCCACCAUCGGGGUGGGACUGGGACUGCCUGCCUUCAAACCCGGGUACGCAGACCAGUCGCUGAUGAAGUCGGCCAUCAAGACGUCAGAGGAGUCGUGGAUCGAGCAGCAGAUGCUGGAGGACAAGAAGAGGGCGACGGACUGGGAGGCCACCAACGAAGCCAUCGAGGAGCAGGUGGCCCGGGAGUCCUACCUGCAGUGGCUGCAGGACCAGGAGAAGCAGGCGCGGCAGCCCCGUAAAGCCAGCGCCACCUGCAGCUCGGCCACCGCCGCCGCCUCCAGCGGGCUGGACGACUGGAGCGCCCGGUCACCGCGGCAACGGGACGCCGACCCCUCUCACUCGGACCUCACGACCGCCCCGUCGACCAACAACAAGCCGCCGUCCCCCGCCGGGGCCGCCCUCAUCCUGAGCAAACCGCCGUCGCCCUGCGCCCCAGGUAACACUCAGCAGCUCCUCACCCGGUGA